CAUGGAGCUUGAAAAUACUUAUGAAAAUACUGAAGAACUUGUUGAAUGGCGAUGUAGAAGAGCUGGUGGCAAUAUAGAAUCUUUGAAGCCAGAGUGCCAGGAACGGCCACCGGAGCCUGUCCGAAGAAAUCUCUCCCCCAGGCUGAUCUACACGCUCCUGUGUUUCAGCAUCUUGUUAUCCGUUGCGGCUAUCGUCACCGCAGUUAUAUUCAUUGCAGGAAACCACGAGAAGAAUGUUAGCGCCUUGGCUAAACUUCAGGAUGAGAUUUCGCAGCUGAUUAUGAAUUUCAGUUCUUGUCCUAAACAAUGGACUCGCUUCAGACAAAGCUGUUAUCAAAUUUCCUCAGGCACAGCAAACUGGAAAGAUGCCCAGAGCUCGUGUUUAUCAAUGAAUGCCCAUCUUUUUGUUAGUAACAACGUGGCGGAGCAGGAGUACAUAAAGACAAAUCUUCGAAAUACAUCCUGGAUUGGCCUCAGUGAUUUGGUCCAGGAAGGCAACUGGCGCUGGGUGGAUGGAACGGAUUUUUCUUCAUCUGAAAAAUUUUGGAAAGCAGGGGAGCCCAAUAAUGAAGGUCAUGAAAACUGCGUGGAGAUGUUCCCUGAUGGAAAGUGGAAUGACAAAAACUGUGAUGCUCUUAAGAACUGGAUCUGUGAGAAACCAGUAUGGUUCUGACCCCUUUAAUGAUACUGCUGGAGCAAAGAGAAAUAUGAAUUAUUUAAUCAAUGCAGCGCAUAUUACAGUAAUGCCAUAGCGCAGAAGGUGGCUAUUUUGCCUAUAUAAAGUAUGUUAACGCUUAGAAGAGUAAAUAUUUCAUUUAUUUUCACUUCGCCCUCUGGGCAGAUGCACAGUACUUUUAUUGCUCCUUUAUUGCUGUUUUUUUCACGAUUGUGUUUCUGCCACUUCUGCAGCAGUGAAAUUUCGAUCAUAAACAGAAAGAGCAUCAUAAAACGUUUUCUAAAAACUUUACUAUCCCAGCCCAAAAGUAGAUUUGUUCCAAUAUUUCACAUCUUUCUCCUGAACAAUUAACCAGCCACCUUAAGGAUGCAGUGCAGAUAUCUUAAACUAUAUUGUUUAGUCUUUUGUUUGAACACUCGGUACAAGUGUUGAGAAGACAUGAAAGUAGAAUUAUUCAGAAUAAUUUUAUAAUGAUAUUAUCAGGACUGGAAAAUCCUUGUUCUUCGGAAAGAUUGCAUAGGUUCAGGAUUGCUUCAGAACAGGUUAGGCUAUAAGCAGAUGAAAUUGAGGUGUUUUUUGUUCGGAAAAAAUUCGAUUCCGUAAUUGGAAACGUCUUAUGAUUACUUACAAUUGAUGAAAAGCUAGACCAGGUAGAUUUAAUGCAGAAGAGGAGAAGGAAUGAGCAUUUUUUUUCUUCUUCCAAAUGGCGUCUGGAAGACGGAAGUUGCUGAAACCCUUAGAGAUUUCGAACAACGUCACGUGUGUGCUCAAGGUUCUGUGAUCUUCCGGAGUACGAAAUCGGUGUCACAAUGGGUGAUAGGCUUAGCUGCAUUCAAUUUCAACAAAUUCCAGUGAUGUUGGCUGAGGAGCCUCCAUUCGUGACAAUUUUAGUCAUGUUUCAAUUCCAAUAAUGUGUGUGUUCACCAUGUCUUCCUGCUCCUUCUCAUCUCUGCUACUCUGGGAUUUGAAUCCAUCCUGCCUGGAGUCUCAAAGGCCCUAAAGUGUUUAGAAUUCCCCAUUUGUGGCGAACCCCUUCAUGAAAUCAGGUAGUUUCUGUAUAAUUUUUGCUACAAUCUGAUACCAGAAUGCAGAAUAACCUCAAGGAGGUGAGCUGUCUAUUCCCCGUCCUACCUAUAUCAUGAGUCUUCAACCCUAACAAUAAGGCACAGCUCGGGCUAUGUGAAUCUCAAGUAAAAUCUUUUUUUCUCCAGACCCGGAGGAUAAACCUUGCAUCUGUGUGGAAAACUGUUAUAUUUUUUUUGCUUUUGAGGCUGGAGGAAGUUUAUAACAAUGCAGUUAUAUCUUCCCUAAAAGAAUCAUACAUCUCAAAUGAUCAACAUAUUUCAAAAUAUCUCCACAACAUACGCCUUAACAAUUGCCUUCCCAUUCCCGGGUCUGCAGGUUUCCGGAAACCACUUGGAACUAAAGUUAUUUCAUGUUUGGCACUGUGAUGGAAGGAAUUUUUCUAGGAACUCGCAAUUUA